AUGACCAGUAAAGACCUUGGAGAAUAUUCUAAUGACGGGAAGGAAGAAAACAAGCAAUCCAAAGUAAUGGACAAACAACCGUUCAAACAGCAAAACAUAUUUCAGAGAUGGUUCUCUCCAAAAGAGACAAAAGCAAAACUGAACGAAACUGCCGUUCAAUCUUCCGCCACUACAUUGUCAAAACAACCUUCAACAAACAAAACAUUUUCAGAAAAAGCGAUAGAAUUCCUCAGCGGGAAAGAUAAACAACCAGCAAAUGAUGAGGGUCAACAACCAGCGUCUCAUGAGCAACAGCAACCAACGUCUCAUGAGCAACAACUGCCAGCUUCUCCCGAGCAACAACCAGUAUUUUCUGAGCAGCCGGCAACUCAACCUACUGACACAGACGACCAAAAUCAAUCAACAACAGAUACCCACAGAGAAGUUGCCACUCAAAAAUCGAAUCCGUUCAGAAAUAAAAUAAUGAAACUAAUGAGUCAAGUUGACUUUGAAAACUGCGAUCCCGAAACGUGCCUAUCUAUGUUGAAAAUGCCAUCUCUUAAAAUGUAUGUAGCCUUGAACAAGAAACUGAAAUCCUGUCGUCAGAGCGUGUGGAUGGAAGAGUUUUUAGAGCUUGGAGGAUUGGAUAUUUUACUGGAAGGUGUCAACACGAUAACAGGCAAAAGGGUGCAACUAUCGGAUGCUCUGGUGCUGAUCGAGUGCGUGUCAUGCAUCAAAACUGUGAUGAACUCAUCCAUAGGUCUCAGAGUCAUCACAAAUAAUAAGGAGUACAGUCAAAAAUUGAUCAAAGCACUUGAUUCCAACAACACGACCGUCAAGAAGCAAAUCUUUGACUUGCUGUCGGGCUUGUGCCUGUCGUCAGAGAAAGGGUUUGAGUGUUGCAUCGAAGCUGUCAACUCGUACAAGACAACUUCAAGCAACCGAUACCGUUUCAGUUUCAUGAUGAACGAGCUGAAGAACCAUUCAGUCCCCGAUUACUCCUGCUCUAUCAUCUCCUUCAUCAACUGCAUAAUACAUGGUGUCGACGAUCUUGCAGAAAGAAUGAAAAUCAGAAAUGAAUUCAUUGGGUUGAACCUGUUGGACAUCAUGAAUGAUCUGCGGUUCGUCAAUCACGAGGACCUCCAGAUACAGUUCGACGUCUUCACUGACGAAAAGAAUGCCGACGAUGAUGAACUACUGCAGAUGGCGAAUGGAGACCAAAAUGCAAUCGACCUAACGAACCAUCGAUCUCUCAUCGACGCCAUAUACAAUAAAGUGUACAACACUCCACUGGAGUCAAAAUUGAUCAACAUCCUCUGCUCUUUGAUUCAAAUUGAUACUGACCAAGAUGAUAGCUCAAACAUCUGGCAAACAAUUGAAAGUAUGGUGGCAAGGAUUGUUGUUAGCGAGGAUCCUCAACGACUUCUGUAUGAAAAAAAACCACCAUCUGUCGCCCAAAAAGCGAUUGCUGUUCAAACAGAACAAUGUAAAUUAAAAAAUUUAAAAUCAGAUCAAGUUGUAAAAGAUGAAUUGACGAACGCAAGCUCACUUUCAUUUUCCGAUGCAAAGAGUAAGGUGUCGUCCACGAUAUCAGAUGUUCAUAACUUACAAAAAUCGAAAAAUGUGAUUGAAGCAUCAGCGAGUUCAAAUCAAUCAGUCUCUCCUCUCCCCCCACCACCACCACCACCACCUCCUCCACCUCCACUACCAUCUCUUGAUUCUUCGCUUGCAAACGUUACAUUCAACUUAAUUCCCAAACUGGAUGCUCUUCCUCUUCCUGCCGUUCACUCAGAUGUUCCUGCUCCACCACCUUUGCCAAUUUUAUUGCCCAAUCCUCUCUUUUCCGAUCUUCCAACACUUCCAGGGGGACCUCCACCCCCGCCACCCCCACCACCGCCAUUACAACAACCUCCUCUACCACCCUCACUACUACAACCUUCGCCACCACCACCACUACCUAACGGUCAGCCCUCUCUUGAAAAAAAAUCUAAUGCCCGACAGGCCCCAAGUUAUGAGGCUCUCCUGAAAAAGUCUUUCGACGUUGCUGCCUGCAUCUCUGUUCCGAUUCCAAAGUCGAAAAUGAAAACUGUAAACUGGACGAAGCUGCCUGCGCAAAUUCUAACAAAAGAAGAAGUGAUCUGGUCCAGUGUUUUGAAAGUUGCCGAACCAUCCCAAGUAAAUUACGGCGCUGUCGAGGAAAUGUUCAGCAGGAAAGCUGCCCAGCAAGUAACUGCAAGUGCUGAGAAGAAGGUUUCUAGCGUGGUAAAUUUACUGGACAUGAAGCGAAGUAUGAACAUGAACAUAUGGCUGAAACAGUUCAGGACGAGCAACGAGGCCAUCAUUGAGAUGAUCGAGAAGGCUGACGUGCAGCAAAUGGAAAGUGAAAAACUGAAAGGACUCAUAAAACUGUUACCCGACCGAGCCGAGAUCGAUCUGCUUACGAAUUUUGACGGUGAUCCAAGCACGCUGGGUAACGCAGAGAAGUUCAUAAAGCAGCUGUCGCAAUUGAAUGAUUAUGCUUUGAGGCUUAAUCUCAUGUUGAUCAAAUCGGAGUACAUGAUGACUUACAAUUCUAUCCACGAAAGACAAGAAGCCUUCCUCACCAUGUGCCAAAACAUCUUGGAAUGCGAUUCCUUGAAAACGUUUUUCAGAGUUGUCCUCCAGUACGGGAACUUCUUGAAUGCGGGGAGUUACGCUGGAAAUGCACUGGCCAUCAAAAUUUCAUCACUGCCAAAAUUGUCGGACACUCAAGGUAAUCAAAGAGGAAUAACAUUGCUCCAUUUUUUGGUGAAAGAGGCACCGUCACAUUACUCCAACGCUUUAGAUUUUGUCGACAAUCUCUACGAAAACUUGCUUUUUUCUUCAAAGUUAUCGACGGAUGGAUUGAGUUCCGAUCUUGCGAAGUUGUCAGCAUCUGUAGAGAAUGCUGACAAACAGGAAGCACGUUCUGAUAUCAGUAGGAUUAAAACUCGGCAAAACCUAAUAAAGGAGCAAUCAAUUUUAUUGUGCCGUCACUUAUGCGAAGAAGAAAGCACAUUUAAAUUAGAAGAAUGUGCUGCUUUGCUCUACAAGUUCUGCGAUAAAGUUAAAAACUGCAUCAAGGAAAACGAGUUGCGUCGAUUGCAAGAAGAAAGAGCAGAAAAAAGAAAGAAGGACCAGGCUGCCGAAUUGUUGAACGCCGACAAAAACAAAGAGCGGUCCAGUCUGGCGUUAAACACGGAGAGUGACUGCAUAAUAGACAGGCUGUUGGAUGAAAUUAAGAAAGGUACAAAGCUGCGAAGAGUUGGAGGAAAGAAAAAUAAUAUUUCAACAGUACCAAGCGCCGGCAAGAUAGCAACCAACACCAACGGAGUCAGCAGAAAUAAUGAAGAUCUGACUAGCAGCGUUGAAGCGGCAAAUAUUCAGCCGACUAUCAUCGUUGAAAAAAUCUCGGAAGACUUUUCAGAAACGUAA